UUUGCCACGCGCGGUCACACUGAAAAGUUGUCUCUACUACAAGCAAGAAAAAAAAAGGGCAUCGAUUUGGAAACCCAAUUUCGCACUAAUUAAGUGGAACGAGGGACACAAUUAGUUAUGUGCUUUAAUUAGCAUAUACUGGCAUAGUAAGUAACGCUAACAUCGCCGGCGAAAGCCGCAAACCUUUUAAAACCAAUAAAGUGAGCGUGAGUGCAAAAGUGUGUUAAACAAGCAACCAAAAGGCUAGCAAAGGAAAAAAAAACAAGACUGCAGGAAAACCGGAAGCGGAAUCUGAGAGUUGGCGAAGGAUCAUGAGUUUCCUGCCGGGGGAGCCGGUGCCGCCGGGGUUCGAAGAGGACGACGUGUCCCGCACGGCGUUGAUCCAAAAGCAGAUCGAUAGCUACACCGGCGGACCGCUAAUCGGCACAGAAUACACAAUCGAACUGCACGCGGCGGGACAACUGCGUCCCGAUUACUUCUGUGUGCUGUGCCAAUCCUGCACGGAUAGCCGCAGCGUCUUUGUCCACUGGACAUCGCUGGCCCAUCGCACAAAAUACCUGCAGACCCACUUCCACAAGGCCUACGAAGUGCUUCAGAAGCUCAAGCGCACGCCCAACAGCUCUGGCGACCUGGUGAUUGCCACAGGCAAUCUGGUUAAACUAAUUGAGAAGCACUUUGGUCGCUCCCGUCAUUUGAUGACCGCCUCCGGCGAGGAUUUUCGGCGCUUUCGCUCCAGGAUCUGCAGUCAAGUGCGCGAUAACUUCCAUUUCGACGAGUGUGCCGGUCCGGAUUUUGCCGAAGAAGCGCAUCGGGUUCUCCGCGAACUGAAGCCCGAAGAAUCGAUUAAAAUCAAUUUAAAGGUGAACGAGAACGCGGACAACAAUAACAAGGACCAGGAAAACGAGAACGUUAUCGCCCUGGAUGCCAUCUCCAGUGAUGACGAGAGCUUCGGUCCGUCAAAUGCCAGCAUUCAGGUGCCAAAGUCGCAGUUGCGUAAAAGGAAUCUAGCCGAAGAUGCCAGCGGACGUGGCGCCAAUCGUUCGCCACCGCCGCCCGGAGGCGUGACCAAGCCCCAGCAGUUGCCCACGCCGAAGGAGCUGUCCAUACAGGCGUCCAUAAUCGCCCAGGAGCGCUACAAGUGGGAGAAGUUCCGCUGCAUGUUGGAAAUGCAGCUGAAGCAGCUGCGCGACGAAACGGAAACGUACGAAUCGAAUCCCGAGAAGCAUCCCGACUAUCCGGACGAGUGGAAACAGUUCUGGAACCGUCGCUACAAGCAGCUGCAGGAGGAGAAGAAGUGCGAUCCGAAUCUGUACGACUACAAGCCCGAGUGGAUUAGCUAUUGGAAGGAUCGGCGCAUCGAGCUCUUCAACAUAGCGGUGAACAAAAUCAAAAAGGAUCUCAAGGAGAAGUUCAAGCUGAGCGACGAGGACGAGGAGAAGACCAAGGAGCUGAUGGAGCGCUACAAGAUUCGCGUGGCCAGUCCACGAGAAGCGGCGCCUUCCACCAAUGCCAACGCCAACUCCAAUCGCCGUGGCAAGCAGCAGAACUUCCGGAAUAAUCGCUCAGCGGGCAUUGGAUCGGGAGCACCCGAAGCGGUCAUCGAUAUCAGCGAUGACGAGGGCUCCAGUCCAGCGCCACCUGGUCGUGGCUACAAUCGGCGCACCCACUCCCGUUCGAUGUCCCCCAAGCGGGGAUCACGUCGUCCUGGGCGACGCUCACGCAGCCGUUCGCCGCGUCGCAAUUACCGGCGCGGAUCAUCGCGCUCUCGCUCGCGUUCGCGCAGCCUGCGUCGCCGAUCCCGCUCGCCGGCCUAUUAUCGCCAGCGCGACCGUCACACCAGUCACGCCUCCCGGGAGCGCGGCAUGUCGCCAGGCGGCAGGGAUUUCGGGGAUCGCCGCAGCCUGGAGCGGGAGCGCUCCAGCGAAUACUAUCGCAACGAGGGGGGCUAUGGUCGCGGUCCGCGCAACUACGACGUGGAGACGUUCCGUGUGAUGGACCCGCGCGUCUAUCCCGAGUACAAUGUGCCCAAGGUGCGUUCGAUAUCGCCGGCCGUGUCCUCCAUCAAGGACAAGGAGCCCUCGGAGCCCGUCGAGGAGGGGCCCCUGACCGUGGUCAGUGUGCUGCGCAUGCUGUCCGCCGUCGAGGAGCAUUUGGGCAGCCUGGGGCCCAAGGCCCUCAAUCUACUUAGCAAGGCACUGGCCAUGGAAAUGGUCCAGCCGAAUGCCGCCGACGAUCUGCUGCUGAACGAGGACAACUGCGUGUUCCUCGAGACCACCAAGGAGAAGCUGAAGGGCAUACUCAUCGCCGAGGUCCUCGACGAUCCGCAAAAGGUGCGCGUGGUCAAGAAACUGAUCACGAACAUCGCGGCCAUCAUCUUCCAGGUGACCACCAGAGAUCUAGGUAUGCCCGAUGUCGCCGAGGCCAAGGUGAAGGCCAAUGCCAAUCCGGCGCCCAUCCAGCUGCCCUUCGAUCGCAACGUGGUGGCUCCCAAGUUGGCCAACGCUUUGGUGCUCAAGGGCUACUACGACGUGAGCACCGGCGACAUGAACAAGCUGCUCCACCUCCUCGUGCUGCUCGUUCGCCAGGACAAACAGCGCCGCCAUCUGGACAAGAACAAUGGCCUAACGUUCGAUGAAAUCCAGAAGAAGCUCGGCCUGCAAAAGGAGACGUCGGACGACAACAUGGGCAUCGAUCUCGACGAACUAAUGAAGGAGGUGGAGAACCAACUGAUGAACAAGGAGUCGCAGGAGGUGGCCAAUUCCGGGGCAGCGGCCAUUAUUCAACCGGAAUCGGUCGGCGGCGCUGGCAGCAACGGCAUGGAAUCCCUAACCGAUUCCGAUCUGCAGACCCUGCUGCAGAACUUCAAGUUCCUCUCCAGCGAGGAGCAGGUGCAUCUCAUCGGGCAUCUGCGCAAGCUGGAGGUCCAGGAGCCGUCGCGCGUCGAGCGGCUGCGCAAAUAUGUGAAUCUCGCCGAGCUGAGCGGCGAUGGCGAGUCCUGCAGUGACUUCCUCUCGCGCGUCGUCAACAUUGGUGGCAGUGGAGUGACGAAGGCGGCGAAGGCGUCGUCGUCGGUGGCGGCGGAGAAGGCUCCCAAAUCGAUGCUGGCCUCUCUAUCGCUUGGCAUGGCCUCCAUCGCCGGGGGCGGCGGCGCCUCCUCCUCCUCGUCCUCCUCGAUGGCGGCCCUCUCCUCGCUGACCAGCCGGCGGCUCAGUCCGGAAAGGGAGCGCGAUCGCGACAUGUCCAGUCUGCCGAUCAACAGGCAGCGACGCAGUGGCGGUGUCCGCAAUUCCCCCAGUUUUAUGAUCGACGACGAUGAAGACGAGGACGAUGACUACAACUUUGACGAUCUGGUGAUGAAGGCCUGCGACUCGAAUGGCGGCAACGGUGGCGGUGGUAAUGGUCCUGCCAAAAAGGCAGCUGGUCCGCCCAUUAUACCCGUGGCAUCGUCCCCAAAUGCGCUCACCUUCAAGCCGGCGGCCAACGCGAAGAUUUCGCUGAAGGACACCGAGAGCAUCAUAGCCAAUCUGAUGGGAACACUGAGUAAGAGCGGAAGUGCCGGGGGAUCGAGUGGCUCCUCGGGGCCAAACCGCAGCUUCAUGAUGAACCAGCAUCACCAGCAGCAGCAGCAUGCCACGCAGCAGAAUCUUGGCUCCAAGCCAGGCCAGCAGGCGCCGGGACCAGGUGGCUAUUCCCAUGCGGGUUAUCCGGCACAGCAGCCGCAGCAGGGACGCAACUUUGCCCCGGACCAGCCGCAGCCACUGAUGGGCAACUUAAGCGGCGGACCCGAUCACAACCAGUAUCAGAAUCAGGCGAACUACGGCGGCUAUCAUCCGUAUGCGGGCAACGGUGUGCAGCAGAACUAUCCCGGAAUGGCGGCCGGUGUUGGACCGGGACAAGGACACGGUCCCGGUGGCUAUGGGGGUCCCAUUAACCCGUGGGCGAACAAUGGACCGCCACAGCCGCCGCAAUUCAACCACCAGAUGCCCCAGAACUUCAUGGGCGCACAGCAGCAGCAGCCGCAGAGCUAUAACAACAUGUUCGGCGGACGUCACUAGGAGCCAAUUAGUCGUAGGUCUUAGGAGUUAAAUCACAAAGAUUUAAAUUAAAAGUAGGAAUGAAAACAGAAUCCUUUGAAGUGCCGGUGAAUGCGCGUAUUUGUUAGUUUACAAGUGAAAACCUUUUGUUUUUGUUUUUUUUAGCUCGACACACAAAAUAAAGAACUAUUUUCUUAUGGACUGAAAAAUAAAGAGAACAGAACGGAUUCAAAAAGCAGCAUAAUAAUAAUUUUGUUUAAUUACCUAACUAUCUUUAUAGACAAUGAGCUUUGAGCUCCGCACUUUUGAAAAUUCUACAUUUCGAAACCUUAACGAGUUAUGAACUGCAUGAAAAGAAACGCGAUAGAUUCGUAUAUAUAUUUUAGUACCCGAAAAUGUGACAAAUCAAGGAGCUGUUGAACCUUGUGGCUCCAAACAAGUUAAUGAAUGUGAAAUAUAAACCAAAACUUUGUAGACAUUUGAAAUAAAGGUAAAUUAUUCAUUUAACAUCCAGCCAUUAUAACCAUCAAAACUAAAACCAACUUUUUAAUAAAAAGGAAAACAAUCCUAAUCCUUCUCGUAUAUAAAUUUAAGUAAAGCUUACAAAUAAAAAUUACUACUACUACUACGGAGUAA